UCUCAUCUUCAUUAUCCAAAUAUUCAAAUCCUUUUCCGCAACCUCAUAUAUCCUGUUUCUCUUCGUAAAACCCUCCUAAGGGCUAAAGCUACACUCAGCAUGGCUAUGACUUUUGAUGUCUCGCCUGAGACAAGGGCAGGCUCAAUUCAUUAUUUCUAUCGCCAGCUCUUCGUUACGCCCCCGCCCGUGCUACAGCGCGAUGUAAACUUGAGUGGGAAGACGGCCAUAAUCACAGGGGCAAACGGCGGGAUAGGAUUGGAAGUGGCUCGGCAGCUCCUAGAUCUCGGCUGCAAAGUCAUUAUAACCGUUCGCGAUGAAAGAAAGGGCGAAAUAGCCCGACAGAAUCUCGCCAAUGGACGCGAUCUUGUUCCCGGAUUCAUCCAAGUCUGGAAACUGGACCUAUCAUCCUACGACUCAAUCGUCGCCUUCGCGGAGCGUGCCAAACGCUUAGAGAGUCUCGAUAUUGCUAUUCUCAACGCAGGUAUAUACAAAGUUACAGAGUCAUUCAGCCCGACUGGUUAUGAGGAGGGCGUACAGAUAAACUUCUUGGCAAACAUGCUCCUCACGGUUUUAUUGUUGCCUAUUAUCAAAGAAAAGAGAGUUGGAAGCCACCCCGGCCACAUUUGUAUAGCAUCAUCUGACACAGCCGCUUGGACAAAAUUUGAGGAGGGAAAAUCAACGCCUGUUCUUGCUGCCUUUAAACGGAAGGCGACAAAUUGGAAUAUGGCGGAUCGCUAUGGGGCAACGAAGCUUCUCGGACAACUGUUUCUGACGGAACUGUCGAAACAUGUCUCUCCAUCCGUGGUUACUCUGUCUUGCGCCAACCCUGGGUUCUGUAGCGGCUCGGAACUUGGCCGGGAAACCCACGGCAUCAUCCGCGUCAUUUAUAAGAUCCAGACUUACUUGCUAAGCCGGACUAGCUCUGUUGGCGCUCGCACAUUGGUUCAUGCCGUCACUACUCUCGGUGAGCAGGCGCAUGGGCAGUACAUCGAGGACGCAAAGAUCCAACCGAUGGCAGUUAUCGUAUACAAACCCGAAGGACAGCGCCUUUCAAAGCAGGUUUACGAGGAAACAUUGGAUGAGCUUUCGUUCGCGGGGGUCAGAGAUAUUGUCAGCGAGGCAUCAAAGGCUAAGUAAUAUGCACAAUACCUCAGCCCCCUAGGGACGCUAGUCUAAACAGAGAUAAUCAUGAAAAUACAUGUCAUUAUAAGUAUUUAUAUGGUG